CUGCUGCACACAUGUGAAUAUUUCUACUUCUGGUGAACUCUGAGAGUGAUUUUAACUUACCCUAGACUGACUGUAAUUUUUAUAGCAAUAAACAAUUAAGACGUGGAUCAUCAUGUCAAGGGCCCAAUCAGGACAAGGAAAGGAAAUUAUGGGAGACCGAACCCCCAAACAUUAAUUCUCUCAUCUUCCACAUAAACAAUGCGCCUGUGUGCAUGUGGAUGCUUAACACACAGCCACGUGUGCUACCUCGAAAAAACAACAACGACCGGAUCUACAGCAAACACGGGCAAUGUCGCCAGUCAGCAAGAAAAAAAAUACACUGUACAGUACAUGGUAAAAACAUCAUAUAACCCAUCAUCAGCAAAAUAUUAUUCAUAGUGUAAACUACAUGAUAUGAACAAUCGUACAUAGGGUUUCAGGUUAACUUUCAAACUUUUUAAAAUACACAAAACUUCUCCAUAGCUCAUGCAUUGUUCUCUAUGCACAGCUCGGGACAUCGAAUGUGAUGAUGUGAUGUAACAUGCCUGGCCUAUUUAAGAUGUGAAGUUUUCACGCUCAUGGUAGAGGCUAGUUAGGGGCACUUCAAUUAAGAAGCCAGAAGAUUUUUGUGAUUAAAUAUGUCAAACAAGUUACAAAGGAUGCAAGCUUUGCCCAGAUAGCAAAUUUGUGGAUAUUUAGUUGUUACAGUAUAUAAACUUCAAAUGCAGACUGUAAUGAUAGAUAAAACUCUAAAAUGUUAUGUAACAUACCCGUAAUGUCAAUCGUGCAAUGUUUACAUAGGUUUCUAUUGUCUAGCUUGGUCAUUCCUUUUAUUUCAAAACUCUUCAAGAGACAUGUGUAUCAGUUGAUGUUUAAGUCACCCAGAAUUGGUAGUUCAAUUACAAAGUUGAAGAAACAUCUAAACACACCUCUCACAUGCUACCAACACUGAUGAACCCCUGAAGGCUCCUUUCUUGGGUGUUAGUAUACCAGAAGAAGAAUCAUUUGAGGGAUAGUGAGGUAUUAUUCAAGUUUGUCUUGUCAAAUGUCAAAUUCAAUGGCGGAAGAACAAGUUAAGGUCAGUUUGUGGUGCGUGCCAAGGUCGUUAUCCACAGUUUUCACCAAAUGUCUCAGUGCCAUCGAUGGAAUGGAAGUCUACUUCGAGCUGUUCUCUUACGCGGAGCUGACAUCACAAAUGUUCGAGUCGGCAAUGAUGGGUCGCAAGCUCCCAUUCAAAUUGGUUGGGAAUGAGAAUGAUUAUGAACGGAUGAUCGAGAUUUGGAACGCGAAUCCCAUGAUGGUUUCAGCAGACAGGAAAUUAAUCCCCAGAAGAAUAUCGUGUCAUGACAUUAAACAAGAUUUACAGAAUGCAACAAGCAAGUAUAUAUUUCAUAAGGAGAUGGGCUACAUUGUGGAUCAUGUACAGGAUUACCUUCCGGAAGGCUUCCGAUAUGUGUUUCUUAUUCGAGAACCGUCAAGGGUCUUUGCAUCUUUCCGGAAGAGCAUUCUAGCAGCUGAAUCCUCGCAAGAUCAAAACAAGAACUUUAUUCAUGAAGACAAGUUCGACAUUGUUCGCGAUGACGGCAUUGGGGUACGGCCAAAGAGUUGGUAUGAGAAGCAGUACCAACUCUGGAAGUAUGUCCAAGAAAACAUCGACCCAAACCCCAUCAUCAUCGAUGCUUUCGACCUUGUCACCGAACCACAGAAGAUCUUGAAGGUUUUCUGUGAGGAUGUCGGGUUUCCCUACAGCGAUAGCCUUCUGAAAUGGACCCCCAGUAACGAAUUCCCAAAGAAUUUUGUAACACCUGUAGAGAAUAUGUUGUCUGGCAUCGGGGCAGAGUUUUACGCAAAAGCUUUAAACAGCACAAGGUUUGUGGCACCACGACUCGAAUCUGGGCCCUUACCGCAUGAUCAGCUCACGGAUGACAUCAUUGAAUGCGUUGACCAUUCUAUGUCAUUCUACCGUGAAAUGUACGAGAACAGAUUAAGAGCUUUAUAAAUGUUCAAUUCUUUUUACUUAAUAGACCCAAGUAUGACAUAAGAAUAGAA